GCAGGAGUAUCUUUACCCUCCUCCCCUCCCACCACUGCCUUGGAACAGAAUCUUCUCAGCAGGAAGCGGAUCUACCGCAUCCUCCCUCCUCCAGAGGCCGUAAAUGGCCUUCUGGGGUAUACGCGCUCCUUUUAAAGCUCCAUUUGAUCCGCGCGGCCUCCAGUCAAGAGGGGGCAGGGGCCCGAUGGAGCCUUCCCAUCCCUUACUCUGCAGCUUUACCUGAUUUCUUUUUGUGGGUGCUGGCGCCAGCCAAGAGCACCUGGAUAAUGCAAGAGGCCAGGUGGAUUCUAGCAACCCAGCAGGCUAACAGGCCGCGUAAAGAAGAAGCCGCCAGUGGUCGCUUCGGCGGCACAUAUACUAGGAGCGGCCGCCAUUUUCCACCCGCUGCCGCGGGGCAACCUGGGAGCCAGGAGUAGCUGCGCGCAGGCCCGGAUGGGUGAGACGCAUGCGUUCUACGUGCCGCAGCGAGCCCUAGCGGCCUGGCGGGGUGUCUGCGCAGGCGCCGUAGCCCACAGCGACCGCGAGACGUCGCUGCCCGCCAGGUUUGGAGUGAACGAGUGUUCCAAGGGGCAGCCAUGGCCACUCUGUACCCAUCUCUGGAAGACCUAAAGAUGGACCAGGCCAUUCAGGCCCAGGCCAGAGCCAUGCCCCGGAUGCCCGCCCUGCCAGUCUCCCAGCCUUCAGUUUUGUACCCAAGCCUGGCGGAAUUGGAAAAUUAUAUGGGUCUUUCCCUCUCCAGCCAAGAAGUCCAGCAGAACCUGCUUCAGAUUCCAGAAGGUGCUAGUAUGGCGGGUUCUGGCCCCUUGCCAGGCCAGCUGGUGGCACCAGUGUCCGGGAACAGCCAGGGCGCACGGCGUGCAGAGAUCAAGCCUGGACUGCGUGAGAUCCACUUGUGCAAGGAUGAGCAUGGCAAGACGGGCCUGCGGCUAAGGGCCAUCGACCAGGGGCUCUUUGUGCAGCUGGUGAAGGCCAACAGCCCUGCGUCUCUCGUGGGGCUGCGCUUUGGAGAUCAGAUCCUGCAGAUCGAUGGGUGUGACUGUGCUGGCUGGGGCACAGACAGAGCCCACCGGGUGCUGAAGAGGGCGUCGGCCGAGAAGAUCGUCAUGGUCAUUCGGGACAGGCCGUUCCAGAGGACCAUCACCAUGCACAAGGACAGCAUGGGCCAUGUUGGUUUUGUCAUCAAGAAGGGAAGAGUCAUCUCUGUGGUCAAAGGGAGCUCGGCAGCCCGCAACGGGCUCCUCACCAACCACUCCGUGUGCGAGGUGAACGGGCAGAACGUCAUCGGGCUGAAGGACAAAGAUGUCACAGAGAUUCUGGCCACGGCAGGGAACGUUGUCACCUUGACCAUCAUCCCCACUAUGAUCUACGAGCACAUGGUCAAAAAGCCUCGCCUCGGUGGAGCCUCCGGGGACUCGGACUCGGAACUGCCCUGAGGCCUAGAGGCAGGGGCCUGUGUAGGUGCUGGCCACGUAGGCAGGCUGGACAAAUGCUUCUUAAAAGUUGCAGCGGGGCCCUUGCCAGAUUUUGGCCUCUGCCACAAAAACAGUUUCCACGUUUUGAGAGAACAGAACUGCAUUCUUUGAGAGGACUUUUUCUUUCUCCUUUGCUUGCUGUUAGUCACAAACUAAGCAUAGUUAUAAUCCUUAACUCUAUUCUCUGAAUAGAGAUUUGAUUUUAAAUAAAAGCCCUUCUUGAACGUUC